UAAGCAAUGAUGAUGAUGAUCCGAAGAACCGUGUUUGUCUCGGAGCUUAUCAAUGAAGAGAAGGAGAAGGAGAUGGAGAUGAAAAAGAAAAGAGAUCCCAAAACAGAAGAAAGUAACGAUUUUUCGAGAUGGGUCUUUCGAAGGAGAAUCUAAAAGGUCUUAGUCUAGCAUUGGUAUCAAGUACGUUCAUUGGGGCAAGCUUUAUCAUUAAGAAGCAAGGCCUUCGAAGAGCGGCUGCUGUUUCUGGUGUCAGGGCUGGUGUUGGUGGCUAUUAUUAUCUCUUGGAGCCACUCUGGUGGAUAGGGAUGAUCACAAUGAUUGUAGGAGAAAUUGCAAAUUUUGUUGCAUAUGCGUUUGCCCCAGCAGUUCUAGUUACCCCUCUUGGUGCAUUAAGUAUUAUUGUGAGUGCUAUUCUGGCUGACCUUAUUUUGAAAGAGAAGCUACACCAUCUUGGGAUAUUGGGCUGUGUAAUGUGUAUUGCUGGUUCUCUCGUUAUUGUGAUUCAUGCUCCAAAGGAGCAACCUAUUAAAUCUGUUCUGGAAAUAUGGACUAUGGCUACUCAACCAGCAUUUCUGGCAUAUGUGGGCUCGGUAAUAGUAUUGGUUUUCAUUCUGGUCUUCCAUUUUGCGCCUAGAUGUGGACAUACCAACGUGCUAGUUUUUACUGGCAUUUGUUCAUUGAUGGGUUCCCUCUCUGUGAUGAGUGUUAAAGCCCUUGGAACUUCUUUGAAGUUAACUUUUGAAGGGAAAAAUCAGUUAAUCUACCCGGAGACAUGGUUUUUUAUGUUAGUUGUGGCUAUAUGUGUCGUCAUGCAAAUGAAUUAUCUUAAUAAGGCUCUUGACACCUUCAACACAGCAGUUGUAUCUCCUAUAUACUAUGUCAUGUUCACAACACUUACAAUACUAGCCAGUGUAAUAAUGUUUAAGGAUUGGGAUGGCCAAAGUAGUGGAACUAUUAUGUCAGAAAUAUGUGGCUUUAUUGUUGUGCUCUCCGGCACGAUAUUGUUACAUGUGACCAAGGACUUUGACAGAAGCCCUUCUUUUAGAGCAAUUGCAGGUAGUGCACCUUCAUCGCCUACAUUAUCUGUCCGACUUUAUAAUGGAAAUGGAGAAUAUUUGCUUAAGGAAGAUGAGGAAAAUGUAUCUCCUUCUGACAGUAUGUCUUCAAGAAGGCAAGAAUUAUAUUAAAUAGUAUAUGACACAAAGAAGGUGUUAAUUCAUUUAAUCAUGAAGGAAAGGGAACCCUUCCCUGGAGAAUCUGAAUGAGAUGCCCAUCAGACGAUAGAUGCCAUGCAACUGCAGGUACUAAUGAAACCACAAAAUGAUGGGAAAUUUCUGAAGCCAUUUUUUUGUUAUGAGCAUCUGAGGAAUUUGUCUGCAUAGAUUAUUAGUUUUGACUUUGCAAGAUGGUUCUGGGAACUAAUUCCUUGCAGGGUUUAUAAUGUACAGCGCUUACACAGUUGCUCGUGUCAAACAAGUGGUUUGUUCCCUUGUCAAAGUAGUUAAUAUGCUGUAAGUAGUCAUGGGAUUGAGAUUAGUUCUUUACAUGAAAAAACAAAGUGAAGCAGGGAUAGAGUUUUAGUUUGUCAAAACCAUCUGCAUGGUGAUUCUUUGUUUUGUUUUUUUAUUUGAUUUUUUUUUUUUUUUUUCUUUUGGCAAUUCGGCUUAGCAUACAGGAUUCAUUUGUGGUUUGUAAGUAGUGAGAUGUACAGGCAACUAAGCAAUUUCCUAUGAAUAAGAACUGGUUGCAAGUUACUUGUCAUUAUGA